AUGGUGUUGGCGAAGCUCGGCGGUCGGAUAACCGGCACCAUAAAGCAGAUGAAAAAUGCGACAAUAAUCGAUGAAAAGACUCUGAAUGAUUGCUUAGACGAGAUCACUCGUGCUCUGCUCCAGUAUGAUGUUUCUUUCCACCUUGUGAAGGAGAUGCAGACCACUAUUAAGAAAAUCGUCAAUCUUGAGGAUCUAGCAGCCGGCCACAACAAACGGAGUAUCAUUGAGCAGGCUAUCUUCUGUGAACUCUGCAAGAUGCUGGAUCCAGGAAAGCCUGCCUUUGCUCCCAAUAAGGCCAACUCUAGCAUAGUAAUGUUCGUCGGUUUACAAGGUGCUGGAAAGACGACAACUUGUACCAAGUAUGUUUAUUAUCAUCAGAAGAAAGGGUACAAACCAGCUCUAGUGUGUGCGAAUACUUUCAAGGCGGGUGCUUUCGAUCAACUGAAACAGAAUGCCACCAAGGCCAAGAUCCCCUUCUAUGGAAGCUACACGGAAUUCGAUCCUGUGAAAAUUGCUGUUGAUGGAGUUGAUAGGUUCAAGAAAGAAAAUUGUGAUCUUAUUAUUGUUGACACCAGUGGUCGCCAUAAACAAAAAGCUUCUCUCUUUGAAGAAAUGCGUCAAGUUGCUGAAGCAACGGGUUACUCUCUUAUCUUAAAGUCUUCUAAACCAGAUCUUGUUAUAUUUGUUAUGGAUAGCACUAUUGGUCAAGCUGCGUUUGAACAAGCUCAAGCAUUUAAACAAAGUGUUGCUGUGGGAGUUGUAAUUAUUACUAAGAUGGAUGGCCAUGCCAAGGGUGGUGGUGCUCUUAGCGCUGUUGCAGCUACAAAAAGUCCUAUCAUAUUCAUUGGAACAGGAGAGCAUAUGGAUGAAUUUCAAGUUUUUGACGCUAAACCAUUUGUUUGCCGUCUCUUAGGAAAUGGUGAUUGGUCUGGAUUCGUGGAUAAACUACAAGAGGUGGUACCUAAAGAUCAACAACCUGAACUUCUGGAAAAGCUCUCUCAUGGUAACUUUAUAUUGAGAAUUAUGUACGAUCAGUUCCAGAACAUACUGAACAUGGGCCCACUUAAGGAGGUAUUCUCCAUGCUACCUGGAAUUUGUGCUGAAAUGAUGCCAAAGGGACAUGAGAAAGAAAGCCAGGCGAAGAUAAAGCGAUACAUGACAAUGAUGGAUUCUAUGACAAAUAAAGAACUGGAAAGCUCAAAUCCGAAGGUGUUUAACGGGUCAAGGAUAAUGCGGAUAGCAAGAGGAUCAGGGAGGAUUGUAACAGAAGUGAUGGACAUGUUGGACGAGUACAAGAGGCUAGCAACAAUAUGGGGGAAGGUGAAAGGGCUUAAGAUGCUAGAGAAAGGAAAUAUGAGCUCACUCUCAAGAAACAAAAACUCGCAGCAUUUGAGUAAGGUCCUACCAGCUCAAAUGCUAAAACAGAUUGGCAGCAUGGGUGGUUUGCUGAGUCUCAUGAAGCAGAUGGGUUCGGGUAAAGACCUGACGGGAAUGUUUGGUGGCCGAGAUGAGUAG